CUGCAUGUAUGUGGCCUAUGAUAUAUAUCUAACACGCGUCAAAGAUAUACGGAAUUAAAGCUUCAUGAAAUUGUAGAAGUGUAUUGGGUUUAUUUUAUAAUCUGAAGGACCUCCGAUAAAAUAAGCGAACUUUGCUUUUUUAAGGAGUAAUUACGUCAUUUUCGUCAUACAUCUUUCACUUUGAAAAUGGGUGAUGGAGUCAUUGUGAUGGAAGGAGCUCUAGGAGUCUAGGUAAAGUAAAUAAUUCCUCCUGCAUAUAAAUCGAGACCUACGAAUGUCUUGGCUUUCAGUUCCUCCAACUUAUUAUCAACUAAUCUAACCUAUAAGUUAUAACCUACCUAGGUACCUAAGUUGGGUAGCAUAUCGGUAAUAGAUAUCCGAGAACAACCUUGUUACCAUGUCUUUAGCCCGCGAUAUCGACCCAGAGGAUCUCAUAGAGCGCCUCCAUGACGCUAACCUCACCGAGAAUGGCCAACACCUGCGUCAGAUGAUGACCACUUCUCAUCUAACGCCUUACGGUACCAAAUAUGCAAGCUUGGCGGCAGCGCCCAAGUAUAAGCUUCCCAAGGAGGGAACACCAGCAGACACCACUUACCAGCUAAUCCAUGAUGAGCUGGACCUGGAUGGCAAACCAAAUCUGAACCUUGCCAGCUUCGUAGGGACUUACAUGGAACCAAACGCCACCCAACUGAUGACGGAGAAUUUAUCCAAGAAUCUGGCUGACAAUGACGAGUAUCCGGCCAUGAUGUCUCUUCAUGAGCGUUGCGUCAGCAUCAUCGCUGACUUCUGGGGGGCUAAGAGGAGCGAGAAAGCCGUUGGGACAGCGACCACUGGCUCCUCAGAGGCUAUUCACCUAGGAGGCUUGGCAAUGAAGCGUCGUUGGCAGGAACGUCGCAAGGCCAAGGGCUUAGACACUUCUAAUCCAAAUAUCAUCAUGGGUGCCAACGCGCAGGUCGCACUCGAGAAAUUCGCGCGCUACUUCGAUGUUGAGGCGCGUAUUCUCCCGGUUUCUAAGGAGAGCAACUAUCGACUAGACCCGAAUCUUGUCCGGAAGAAUAUCGAUGAAAACACGAUUGGCGUAUUUGCCAUUCUAGGAAGCACUUAUACCGGUCACUAUGAACCGGUGGAAGAGAUCUCGAAAAUUCUCGACGAGUACGAGGAGAAGACAGGCAUCGAUAUCCCAAUCCACGUCGAUGCAGCAUCCGGGGGUUUUGUUGCGCCAUUCACUCAUGCACAAGCCGGCGGGCCGAAGUGGGAUUUCGAACUUCCGCGAGUCAAGUCUAUUAACGUGUCGGGUCAUAAAUACGGUCUCGUCUACGUCGGCGUCGGUUGGAUCGUCUGGCGGGACGAAGCUUACCUACCACAGCACCUAAUUUUCGAGCUGCAUUAUCUAGGUGGUACCGAGAAGUCUUUCACAUUGAACUUCUCCCGGCCUGGCGCGCAGGUCAUCGUGCAGUAUUACAAUCUAAUUCACCUCGGCUUCGAAGGGUACCGCGAGAUUAUGGAGAACUGCCUCCGCAACGCGCGCCUCCUAUCUAAAAGCCUCGAGGCCACCGGAUGGUACACGUGCGUCUCUGAUAUCCAUCGCCGAGCGCCCGCCGCAUUAGGUGUGAUCUCGGGUGCGAAACGUGCCGUCCUCGGCGGGGAGGGGGAAACCUCAGCCGACUACGUAGCCGGGCCACCGGUUGUGUCGUUCCGACUAACAGACGAGUUCAAACGGGAGUUCCCGCACAUCAAGCAGGAAUCGGUAUCGCUACUUAUGCGCGCGCGCCAGUGGAUAAUACCCAACUACGCGCUUCCGCCCAAUGAGGAUAAGAUUGAAAUCUUACGUGUAGUCAUCCGCGAAUCCAUGACCCUGGAUCUUCUAGACCGCCUGAUUGUGGAUUUGGUGUCUGUGACGCAGACUCUGAUCGACAACGACGAGGUCGACCUGUCGAUCCUCCAGAAGCAGAAGCCGGUGGGAGAUAGCCGGCCGCCCAAGGACGCUAGUAAAGGGAGCCUUUCGGAGGAGUCUGCUAAGGUGCUCGAGGGGAAGGCGGCGCGACUGGCAGAGGGUAUUCACAGGAGCGUCUGCUGAUAUCUCUCUAUGGUGAUGAUCAGUCCCCGUUUGAUUGGAAGAUAAUUCCAACGAGAAACUUGGGCAUACACGAUAGGAUUCUAGGACCUUUGUCGUGACUAUCUCUUUGGAACCGUCUAGCCUGGGGUUUCGCCAAUAGGAUUUGUAAGCUUGGCGAUGCCCCCUAGUUGGUAAUAUGGGAUUCUAUGGGAAUAUAGGGGUUGCGAUACAACCGGUCACUGAGGAGUAUUGUACGAAAUCAAAUGCCAAGGCCGAGAUUAAAUGGUAUUUCUUAAGAUGCUUGCCUACUUGUGUCUAGACAAUCUGCGCCCCAACAGAAUUGAUUCUUAAUUGCCUAAAGCAAAUAUAUGACGAUCGCAACGUCAUGGUUACUUCUUCCGUAGCAUAUCCGCCAUAAGCGUAUUUCCUAAUGAUUUCACCC